GGAGGUAGUCGAAAUCGGAGAGGAGAAGAAGGGUUUAGAUUCGAUUCAGAUUCAGCCGGCUAGAACAUGGCACACUGGCGAUUUCUCCGCGGGCUCUUCUCGCCGGCCGGGGAUGAGCCUCCGUAUGCCGGAAGGAUGGCCACCGUGGCUGAUUUCUGCUUGCGGCGAUUCGAUCAAAGACUUAACACCUCGCAGAGCCACCACAUACGAAAAGCUCGAGAAGAUAAGGAAGAAGUUAAUGUGUAAUGUAGUAGAUGGUGAUGUUCCAUGGGACAUGUUCUCUUCUUCGUGUAAAGGAUGUUCCUGCUCGGAAUCAUGAAAGGAUGCUCCUGCUCUAGACUCUUCCUUAUGAUCUACAGAAGAUGAGAAGCUUUUGUUUAAAGGAGAUGAUGACUAUGAUCGAUGAUCUCCUUUUUUGUAUAAUACGGACAUAUACAAUUUAUAAAUGUUCUUUUUAUAA